AUGCCUCGCCAACAACGCCGUGCUGCUCCUACUCCUGCGCGUAGCGCCCCUACCCGUCCUACCGCGGCUCCUGCCCGGCCCGCCGCACCUGCUUCCCAGCAGUCGCAGCCUCACUCAACGGCCGCGCACCCCAGCCAGGCUACCCCUAUGCAGCAGGCUGCUCCUGUCCAGCAAAGCUCUGGCGGUGGCUUCCUGAGCCAAAUCGCCUCGACCGCUGCUGGUGUCGCUGCUGGUCAUGUCGCUGCCACCGGUAUCACCAACGCUCUCGGCUGGGGCUCCAGCUCCCACUCCGCUCCUGCCGAGGCCCAACAGGCCGCCCCGGCCGAGAACCAGUCCAUGGACAACGGUCUGUGGCAAAGCAGCGCUUCCCAGUCAGCCUUUGAGACUCCCGCUUGCGACACCGACAUUCGCAACUUCCGUCGCUGCAUGGACGACAACAAGGGUGAUAUGACUAUUUGCGGUUGGUACUUGGACCAGCUGAAGGCCUGCCAGGCUGCUGCCAAGCCCUACUAA